UUUCUGAUCUACGUUGAUAACCACAACGUCGCCGCCGUUGUACCUGCGCUGAAGUUAUACAGAUGUUUGGGAGCUAUCCCUGAGAAUGUUUUGUGGAAGAAGAAGUAGAUAUUAGACCUUCGAGUACAGAAAUCGAAGAUGUAAAUGCAACUUUUACACUGAAGAAGGAGGGUUCCACGAAGCAAUACUGUAUAGCGUCGAUGGACAUUUUUAUAUGCGUGGGGAAAACGCUUAGCACGUGAUGUAUAUCUACAACACAGGUCCAGGGAACGGCACUUGUUCACACAUUGCUGCGCAUGAGUAACAGGAAAAUAUAUCACCCCAUGUUGAACGACUCUUUCAUGUUGUGGAAAUUAGGAACAUAAAAGGACAUUUGGUAACUUGUUGCACAUUAUCAUGGAAAUAGAAGGCAUCAACCAGCAAGAAUAUCAAUUGAGAAAUUAUCUAAAACGAGUGAUAUGUGCGGCCCCAAUGGUGUUAAUUUUAACCACAUAUAUCAAACAUAUAGGAACGCUCUACAACAUGGUCCUAAUGUGGAAAAGGGAGAACGUUUUGGUAAAACUACAUCAUUUAGCUGCUCGGCGAGAUAUUUCUAAAGUAGUCAAAUCUAUCGAUAAUCUUAGAGCGAGUAUGGCUGAAGAAGAUACGGAGUACUCCUCUCCAUUACUAUUGGCUGUGAGGAAUGGUCACCUUGAUGAAGUACGAAGCCUAGUCAGUCAAGGGGCAAACGUGAACGAGGGUAACGCUGAAAGCUGGACACCGUUAGCGAUUGCAGCAAUAAGCGGCAAAGUUGAUAUGUUGGUAUAUCUAAUGGAUCAAGGGGCUGAGGUGAAAAAGUCUGUUAAAGGACGGACUGCUUUACACGUUGCUGCUUUCCAUGGUCAUCUUGAUGCUUUGAAAUAUUUGAUUAGUCAAGGGGCUGAUGUGAAUAAAGGUAAUGACAAUGGUUGGACUGCAUUGCAUAUUGCUGCUCAGAAUGGUCAUCUCGAUGUCAGCGCUUAUCUGAUCAGUCAGGGUUCUGCGAUGGAUAAAGAUGUAGGAAACAGUGGUUUGACUGCAUUACACAUCGCUGCCCAUGGUGGUUAUUUUGGAGUGGUCAAAUAUAUGAUCAGCCAAGGGGCUGAGGUGAAUAAAGGAGAAAGCAAGGGUUGGACUGCAUUACACUUUGCUGCUAAAAAUAGUCACCAUGAUGUCGUCAAAUAUCUGAUUAGUCAACAGGCUGAGGUGAAUAAAGGAGAUAACGAUGGUUGGACUGCAUUACACAUUGCUGCUCAGAAUGGUCAUCUUGAUGUCGUGAAAUGUCUGAUUAGUCAACAGGCUGAAGUGAAUAAAGGAGAUAACGAUGGUUGGACUGCAUUACACAUUGCUGCUCAGAAUGGUCAUCUUGAUGUCGUCAAAUAUUUGAUCAAACAAGGGGCUGAGGUGAAUAAAGGAGAUAACGAUGGUUCGACUGCAUUACACAUUGUGGCUCAGAAUGGCCGUCUUAAUGUCAGCAAAUAUCUGAUCAGUCGAGGGGCAGAGGUGAAUAAAGGAGCUAACGAUGAUUGGACUGCAUUGCACAUUGCUGCUCAGAAUGGUCAUCUUGAUGUCGUCAAAUAUUUGAUCAAACAAGGGGCUGAGGUGAAUAAAGGAGAUAACGAUGGUUGGACUGCAUUACCCAUUGCUGCUAAGAAUGGUCACCUUUAUGUCGUCAAAUAUUUGAUCAGUGAAGGGGCUGAGACGAAUAAGGGAAAUAAUAAUGAUGAUACUGCAUUACACGUUGCUGCUGAGAAUGGUCAUCUUGAUGUCACCACGUGUCUGAUCAGUGAAGGGGCUGAGGGGAAUAAAAGAGAUACCAAUGGUUGGACUGCAUUACACAUUGCUGCUCAGAAUGGUCAUCCUAAUGUCGUCAAAUGCUUGAUCGAACAAGGGGCUGAGGUGAAUAAAGGAAAUAACGAUGGUUGGCCUGCAUUAUCCAUUGCUGCUCAGAAUGGUCAUAUUGAUGUCGUCAAAUAUUUGAUCAAACAAGGGGCGGAGGUGAAUAAAGAAGAAAACAAGGGUUGGACUGCAUUACACGUUGCUGCCCAGAAUGGUCACAUUAAUGUCGUCAAAUAUCUGAUAAGCAAAGGGGCUGAGGUGAAUAAGGGAAAUAAUAAUGAUCAUACUGCAUUACACAUUGCUGCUGAGAAUGGUCAUCUUGAUGUUAUCACGUGUCUGAUCAGUGAAGGGGCUGAGGUGAAUAAACGAGAUGACACUGGUUUGACUGCAUUACACAUUGCUGCUGGGAAUGGUCAUUUCGAUGUCGUCCAAUAUUUGAUCAAACAAGGGGCGGAGGUGAAUAAAGAAGAAAACAAGGGUUGGACUGCAUUACACGUUGCUGCCCAGAAUGGUCACAUUAAUGUCGUCAAAUAUCUGAUAAGCAAAGGGGCUGAGGUGAAUAAAAGAGAAAAUAAUGGUUGGACUGCUAUACACGUUGCUGCUCAGAAUGGCCAUCUUGAUGUCGUGGAAUAUCUGAUUAGUCAAGGGGAUGAGGUGCAUAAAGGAGCUAACAAUGGUUGGACUGCAUUACACAUUGCUGCUCGGAAUUGUCAUCUUGAUGUCGUCAAAUAUCUGAUCAGUGAAGGGGCUGAGAUGAAUAAAGAUGAUAACAAGGGUUGGACUGCAUUACACAUUGCUGCUGGGAAUGGUCAUAUUGAUGUCGUCAAAUAUUUGACCAGUCAAGGGGCUGAGGUGAAUAAGGUAAAUUACAAUAAUGUUACUGCAUUGCACCUUGCUGCUCGGAAUCGUCAUCUUGAUGUCUGCACGUGUCUGAUUAGUCAAGGGGCUGAGGUGAAUAAAGGAGAUAGCAAUGGUUGGACUUCAUUACACAGUGCGGCUCGGAAUGGUCAUCUUGAUGUCUGCACGUGUCUGGUUAGUCAAGGGGCUGAGGUGAAUAAAGAAGAUAGCAAUGGUCGGACUGCAUUACACAAUGCAGGUUACUAUGGUCAUCUUGAUGUCAGCAAUUAUUUGAUCAGUCAAGGAGCUGAGGUGAAUGAGGGAGCGAACAAUGGUUGGACUGCAUUACACAUUGCUGCUCUAAAAGAUCAUCUUGAUGUUAUCAAAUAUCUAAUCAUGCAGGGAGCAGAGGUGAAUAAAGAAGAUACCGGAGGAAGUACGGCAUUACACAUUGCUGCUAAGAAUGAUCAUAUUGAUGUCGUCAAUUUUUUGAUAAAUCAAGGGGCCGAUGCAAAUAAGGGAAAUAAAAAUGAUUAUACUGCAUUACACGUUGCUGCUGAGAAUGGUCAUCUUGAUGUCACCACGUGUCUUAUCAGUGUUGGGGCUGAGGUGAAUAAACGAGAUGACAAUGGUUUGACUGCAUUACACAUUGCUGCUGGGAAUGGUAAUCUCGAUGUCGUCAAAUAUUUGAUCAAACAAGGCGCUGAGGUGAAUAAGAGAGAUAACAAUGGUUCGACUGCAUUACACAUUGUGGCUCAGAAUGGUCAACUUGAUUUCGUCAAAUAUUUGAUCAAACAAGGGGCUGAGGUGAAUGAAGGAGAUAACGAUGGUUGGCCUGCAUUACCUAUUGCUGCUAAGAAUGGUCACAUUGAUGUCGUCAAAUAUUUGAUAGGUCAAGGGGCUGAGGCAAAUAAGGGAAAUAAUAAUGAUCAUACUGCAUUACACGUUGCUGCUGAGAAUGGUCAUCUUGAUGUCGUCAAAUAUUUCAUAAGUCAAGGGGCUGAGGCAAAUAUGGGAAAUAAUAAUGGUUGGAGUGCAUUACACAUUGCUGCUGGGAAUGGUCAUCUUGAUGUCGUCCAAUAUUUGAUCAAACAAGGGGCUGAGGUGAAUAAAGAAGAAAACAAGGGUUGGACUGCAUUACACAUUGCUGCUGAGAAUGGUGAUCUUGAUGUCGUCAAAUAUUUGAUCAGUUUUGGAGCUGAGGUGAAUAAAGGAGAUAGCAACGGUCGGACUGCAUUACACAAUGCUGGUUACUAUGGUCAUCUUGAUGUUAUCAAAUAUCUGAUCAGGCAGGGAGGAGAGGUGAAUAAAGAAGAUAACGAAGGAAGUACGGCUUUAGACCUACAUGUUUCUACUCAAAAUUAUCACCUUGAUGUCAUCAAAUACCUAAUUAGUCAAGGAGCUGUGCCAAACAGAUAUCGGGACGUUCGAACGUUAUUAAAAGGUGCUGCUGAGGACGAGUAUUUAGAUGUAACCAAAUCGAUCACCAAACAAGAAGUAAAGGAGGAUAUCCAUUGUGCUAUUCACAACGGUGAUACGCCUACCAUUGAGAGAUUAGUUUCAUCAGGAGUGGAUCUCAAUGCACGAGCUACUGACGGUCAGACAUGUCUUCACAAAGCCAUCAAACUCUCCUAUGUAGCUGACAGAAUUGUACAAGAAACUGAUACGCUGAAAAGGAUUUCCGAUGGGGUUUUCGAAGGGAAACUAUCUUCUGAGAGGGCAUUGGUAUUUUAUCUCCUUGAAAAUGGAGCGAAGACGGAUGUGAAAGAUAAGUCAGGAAAACUACCAAUUCACUAUGCGAAGGACGACGUGGUCAAACAGAUGAUCCUGACAAGAAUGAAAAUUCCUGAAGAGACCGAAUAUUAUCGAGAAAGCGUGGAUGCACAACGUCCCAAGGAAUCUAGACUCUCCGCAGAAGUAAUUUCUGAAGGGUUUUCUACACCUCAAAAUGCUCCGAACCUUACAGAUAAGAGGAGGCAGAGUAAGCAGAAUGAAACCCGAAACCAAUCUACAGAAAGCGAGGAAGAUCAUACUAAUGAUGAAGAAGAUGAAUUGAUUCAACUUGAGAAGCAUGGCAUCACGGUCAGGAUUUCGAAAUAUGAAAUUUACAGCGCAAAGGACAUCAGUGUGGAAGUGAUUGAAGACGUCCCGCCUGAGCUAGAGUUGAAGGAAACAGAAGCCAUCAUUUCGGUUGGAUUGAAGAUGUCGCCUUCAGAUGCAUUCUUUGACAGUCCCGUGAGAGUAACAAUUCCCCAUUGCGGUGCAUUCACAAAGCCAAAGGAUGCAGAAGUCUACAUCUAUUAUCGCAAGAAUGAUUCUACAGAGUUUACAGCGAUUCAUUCUUCCAGCACGAGUAGCCCAAGAUGUGUUGUGAGAGAUCGCGAUCUAGAUAUCUACGUCAACCACUUCUCAGAACAUUGGAUUGUUGCUAAAAUAAGACGGAUCUUUAUUGGCAAACGUGUUGUCUGUACACCAUGUGUUCCCGUUCCAGCACCAAGAAAUGAAGAGCACGUUCUGUUGGUCAACGUUAGGGAUCAACGCCUUGCUGAAUGGAAGGUCCCGGAUGGAUAUAAAGUUCCGAUACCAGGGGAGCAGUUCUUAGUGAAGUGGCGUUCAGGGGAAUUAAAGAUAUCCUGCAAAGCAAAGAACAUCAUAAACGAAACCGAGACUAUCAAAGAAAGUGAUUUUCGCAACCUUACUGAGCACCAGAAAACGUUUGUGGUGGACACAAGAAGUGUUACCAAGAAUAAAGUCAUUCUAGAAUUCACCUUUCAACAGAGUACAACAAAGAAACUCCACAUUCAAAUGCGGUUGGGAGAAACAGUUGCUGUGAUAUCAGAGGGAGGAGCUAGUUCACCAUAUACGACACCGAUAGAAUCCUCAUCGGCUGGCAUUCCUCCUGCAGAAACCACCGGCUCUGAUUCUUCUCCUGAAACAAGAGUGCCAAGGGGGAGAGGUGAGAAUGAUUUCGAUGAUAUUCUGACGAAAAUUGCUGAACGGAUCAACAAAAGAACAGAUCUUGAUCGUCUUGGCCGUAAACUGGGCUUAGGACCGGAGGAAACACAACGUUACAUAGACACUAAUGAUAAGAAUGGAGAUUACAUGGGCACGCUACAGAUGCUUCGUGAUUGGAGAAAAAGAACGAAGAAAUCAAAAGAACAUGAACUGUUGAGGCAAGCUCUUGUUGGCAUCAAGUACAUUCGUUUGGCUGACGAGCUCCUGGGUGUUGACAAGCUAACGUGUACCUUACCAAAAUGAAAAUAAUAACAACAAGAAAUUGAGUUCUUUGGCCUAAAUGUAUCGAUUUAUUGAAGCCAUCAGGAAAUAGUACCAAAUUUAGCAGCCAAACAUUUUGAGUCAUUUCCACAAAAAGUGAAACCGUAGAUUCAGCCAGGAAUUUGCUGGAUUCUUUCAUAUUUUAUGGCCUGUGGACCAGCACAAACCAGAGACCAGGGGCCCGUAAGACGAAGCUUAGCAAUGAUCGUAGAACAUUUUUCUACGAUUGAUUCCAUUGACUACAAUGUACAAUCAAUCGUGAAAAUCAAGCGUACGAUCAAUCGCUAACCUUUGUGUUACGGGACCCAGGUGAUAUUUGAAGAUUUGUAUGGUGGUGAAGAGAUGGUACAAGAGGCUUACGCUUUACGGAUCGAUUAGUCUUGAAAAUGACAGAUCGGAUGGUGGAAUGGAGACAAGUUUAUGCCGAGUGAAAAUGGAAGAAGUUGAGGC